AUGGUGACGCGGAUUGGGAUCAAUGGCUUUGGACGUAUUGGAAGGCUGGUGCUCCGGGCCAACCAGGAGCGGAACGAGGGCAAGGUGGAGGUCGCCGCGGUCAACGACCUGACCGACGCAGAGACCAACGCCCACCUGCUCAAGUGGGACACCAGCUACGGCGGCUAUCCCGGCAAGGUGGAGGCCAACAAUGGCGACCUGGUGGUCGACGGCCGGGCCAUCAAGGUGUUCUCCGAGCGCGAUCCCGCGGCCAUUCCGUGGGGCGAGAUGGGCGUUGACAUGGUCAUCGAAUCCACCGGCAUUUUCACCGACGCUGAAAAGGCGGCCGGCCACAUGACCGGCGGUGCGAAGAAGGUCAUCAUUUCAGCCCCCGCCCGUGGCGAGGACCUGACCCUGGUGCUGGGCGUCAACGACCACCUGUAUGACGCUGCCAAGCACAACAUUGUCUCCAAUGCCUCCUGCACCACCAACUGCUUCGCUCCGAUGGUUAAGGUACUCCACGACCAGUUCGUGGUGGAGCACGGACUGAUGUCGACCAUCCACUCGUACACCAACGACCAGGCAAUUCUGGACCAGCGACACAGCGACCUUCGCCGGGCUCGUGCAGCGGCCAUGAACAUCAUCCCCACCAGCACCGGCGCCGCCCGCGCAGUGGGCCUCGUCCUGCCGGAGCUCAACGGCAAGCUGCACGGCAUGGCCUUCCGCGUCCCCACUGCCACCGGUUCCAUCACCGACUUCACUGCCCAGGUGGGCCACGAUGUGUCGGUGGCCGACGUGAACGCCGCCUUCCAGAAGGCUGCUGACAAUGAGUUGAAGGGCAUCAUCGAGUACUGCGACGAGCCGCUGGUGAGUUCCGACUUCCGUGGGAACACGCACAGCUGCAUCUUCGAUGCGCUGUCCACCAUCGUGAUGGCUGACCGGAUGGUCAAGAUCAUGGGCUGGUACGACAACGAGUGGGGCUAUUCCUGCCGGACCGCCGACCUCGCCGCGAUGAUGAGUGAGAAAGGCAUCUAG